AGCUGCUCCCCUUGAGAGCAAACCCACUCAUCCCAUUUUUUAUAUUAUUUUUAUUUUUCGGAUGUCCUCAGGAAAGACAAUAUUCAAGUCACCCACGGAAUAAUUACUUAAAAAAAAACAAAAAACAUUUGUAUUAAAUAGACGCACCUUGUUCCUGUGAGACUCAACCCAAGCGGACCUUUGAUGAGUCUUGCCGUCAUGAGUGCGCUCUUGCCGGCGUGGACGUGCCUGCUGCUCGGCAUCCUACCCCUGGAGCUCCAGACCCGGAGUCUGACCCACCAUAACCUCGGUGCCAGGGACAGGUCACCCAAAUCUUCUAAAUACACGACGCCUUCUUACACCACCGUGACCCCCGCUGCAUGUGUCGCCCCGGACGACCCCGUCCCUCUGGCAAAGAGAGGCCACCUGUGGAGAGCCCUCCUAAAAGCAGAGCCCCCGCCCAGGUUGUCCCAACUCUUGCUCCUUCAGGACGCGCCGUCAUCAGCCCGGGAGGGGAGUUCGCGAGGUCGUCGCCACGCCAACAGCGGGGGCCGAAGGGGGCAGCUGAUGAGGGUGGGCUGCGUCCUGGGGACCUGUCAGGUUCAGAACCUGAGCCACCGCCUCUACCAGCUGAUUGGACAGAGCGGGAGGGACGACUCCUCCCCCAUCAACCCCCGCAGCCCACACAGCUAUGGCUGAGACUUCAACCUGAAAGGAUUCAAUUAGUUAGUACACCCUAGCACUUUUUUUUUCUUGUUUGUCUUCCGUUUUAGCCUGACACUUUAAUGUUCCUAAUAAUAUAUUUUAACAAUAGUAAUGUACAUACUACAAACACAUUAAGUACGGCUGAACAUUAUAUUAGAUAGACACUCGGAGAGCAGGCCCGACUUCCCGAUAGUAAACAAGUCCUGAAUCCAGACAGUGAUCCAGAUCAGUCCCAAAGUGUAAUGACUUGUUCCUUGUCCAGUUUCUGUCAUUUUCUGAAAGUUUCAUCAAAAUGUGCCCAGAACUUUUGGAGUUAUUUAUAGCAGAAUGAAAUAAAUCCUGUCAGUCAUC